AUGUCUGGUAAAGACAGCCCACCCCAUCCACCCGCGGGUUUUACUGGCUCCUCCACUUCCCAAUCUUCCGGCCCAAGCCAGGGCUCUCUUAGCCGCCGAGGCCAAAGCUCGUCCGGCGAAAGCUCCAUCACGUCCAGGAUUGAUUCAUCUGACAGAUGGCGAUUGGGGGGACCGGGGCCUCUCCCGGGCUGGCCGCUCGUAUACAACCGUCAUCCUGGGUUUGAGAUACCGGAACGCUUGGCAAAUGCAGCGAUCGAAAUUGCAACUCAGCAUGCCCGGGAGCUCCCCUAUUCGCUCAUUCAAGUGGUUUGCGUACACACGGAAGGGGAUCCGCCGAAGCGUGAGGACCUCACUCUUAAUAUACGUGGCGACCUCUCGGCCCGGCACUCGCAAUGGAUGAGUAUGCUCGACACCCUGAUACAGGUUCUUUUGGGCAUGGGAUGGUUCGGUCGUAUUGAGAUUAUUGACAACAGGGCAACUGAAAUCAAAUCGUUCCCGCCUAAACUUCCUCAGCAAGCAAUCGCAAACUGGGAGUUCCUUUUGUCCGGCGUCAUCCAGCGGUUGGAAUCUCAUCAACUACCUCACGUUCUUAUCCUCCCUAUGAACCGGGGCUACUGGGAAGACAUCUCUGUUCCAACCAUCAUUGCGCGAGUUCAGAAAGGGAAUGCGUCUACCAGCACUAUGAACCAAGCUUCCCAAGUUAUCUCUGAAUUCCUCCAUGGGUAUGGCUUGCACUUAGAACUGACUGGAGAUCACGGACUCUGGGGUCUUUUCGGUACCUCGGGCUCACAGCCAGUGCCGAGACUCGCGACCGAGUCAGGUACUUUGGGGUGGCCUUUCAACCGUGGCUAUAAUAACAUGGGAAUGAGUGUGGCUCGAAAGGAAGUGGCGGACUGGAGUGGUACCAUUGGGGGUUAUUUGGAGUACGACGGUCAUGCACUUGGGAUUACAUGCCACCACGUUCUUCGUAAAGGCUUGAAUGAACAAGUGGACCUCGAUAUCGACGACGCAGGCGGCAAAAAUCUACUGUGGAAAUGCCAAUCCCCUUCCGCCGUUGAUGUCCAAACAAUCAAAACUCAGCUUUCAGGCCAAAUUCCCCGGUCUCCUCUGCCUUCCACUCUUCCCGCGGCGAUUAUCGCUGCACACCAGAGGGAGACCCAGGAAGCUGCGACCAAGCUAGAACAAGUUGAGUCGUACAAAGUGAGUUUGGGUAAUGUGGCUGCGACCUCUGGGUGGAGGAACGUUCCCUUACAAGCGCAGCCGCGGCCAGCGCCGCCUGUAGAGAUGCUCAUGGAUUGGGCGAUUGUGGACAUGUCUCCCUCUCACUGGCCCCAGUCUGUCAAUUUCAUCGGGAACGUCGCCGGGGAGCUCGCCCAAGACAUGAAUCCGGCUACGUCGCACUGGACUUGCCAAGACUUUGUCGUGCAGACGGUUGCCAAGCAAGGUUUGAAUGGCGAAGCCGUUUUCAAGCGAGGUCGCAGUACUGGUUUGACCACCGGAGAACUCGACAGACUAGCGCCGGCUUCAUUCCGUAUCCCCGAGGUCCCUCAACGACCCCAUCAUCGCUGCUUCAUUGUGGCACCCUACCCCGACCGGGUAUUUGCAGCGACGGGUGAUUCUGGCUCGUGGUGCCUCAACGGAAACGGAGAGGUACUUGGGAUCCUUAUUGGGGGAGAUCCAACUGGGGCUGGACUCGUGAUCCCUAUGAAGCUGGUGAUAGAGAACAUGGAAGCCUUUCUGAAACUCCCAAGCGGUAGCCUCAAACUACCAGGCGCUCAGCAGGGCAAGCAGCCUUAA